GAUGAUUCGAAUGACGUGUUAGAUUUCGAAACGGCGAGAAGUCUCUCGUUCAGGUCGCCGAGACGGCGUUCCAAGAAGCGAACACACAAUGGCGGAGAUGGGAAAAUGAUCCGAGUGCCAUUCGAAAAUGAGGCAAGGUCCACAAAUGGUGGUGUUAAGAGUGUCAGCACGGCGAAGAAUCAAACACAAAUCGGACCACCGACUAAAAGUACUGAAAAACGAUUGUCAUCACAAUGA